AUGGAGUUGUGCAAUGACCAGCUUUCAGACUCCCCCUCCAAAAACAGCUACAUAGGAAGCUACUACAAGCCUCCGGAGAAGCUACAAUCGAUCCCAAAAGAGACUCCUGAGCCCCCGAUCGACAAUCCUGGGAUUCAAAAGCCUAAACAGAGCAACCAGGCUGUUGUGGAUGCACUAAGGACUCUUCAGGAGAAAAUAAAACGUCUGGAGCGGGAGCGUCUGCAAGCGAAGGAGAGGCAACAGGCGUCUGUUGCGACGACAAGUACCCUGUCUGUCAUAGAAGGUGAUAACAGGAAAGAGCGGGAUUCCAAAUUGCAGUCUGUUGAGACUCGCUGUAAAAUGCUUGAGAGGCAGCUUGACAGCAUGCAGAAGAUGGUAGCGGGCGCGAGGAAGGACAAGGAUGACCAGACAACGAAGCAGCUGCAGCAGGAGAAGCAGCCAAACAACUCAGACAACCAAAUUCAACGCGAAAAGCUGCAGCAACUUGAAUCUGAGUGUCUCAAAUUGAGCAGGACGCAAAACCUGUCAGAUAUGAAACUUGCUGUUCUCGAGCAAAAGCUUUUAAAGGAGGAGCACGAGCGUAAACUUGUGCUAGAGAAAGCAGGCCAGCUCCAGCGGGAGUUGGACAUCAACCUCCGACUGGCUUCACCAACUGCUCUCCGGCAGACUAAGCCAAAGAUCAUCUCUCAGAGAGCUACCUUGAAAUCCCCGAGGCCCAAUGAGUCACCGUCACCAAGGCAUAAAAAGAUUCCCUUUGUGGCUGGAAUGUCGACCAGCCCGAGCCACUCAGUACACGCCAACGUGCAGAGCAUUCUACACAUGAUAAAGCACCACCAGCCUCAGCUUUGCGAGCGGGUGAACGCCCUCCACCGCUCGCACAGCUGCAGCGCCAAGAAGAGCCUCCGAAUGGACGGCCCCACGGUGGCCGAGCGGGACCGGGAGCCCCCCGAACCCGCCGUCCAAUCGCCAGGCUCGUUGUCCGACCUCCUCCUGGCCCUGCAAGACGAGCUGGGGCAGAUGGGCUUUGAACAUCAGGAGUUGAUACGUCAGCUCGACGCGACUCAGCAUAGGGAGCAGAGGCACGAACUGCAGAAAGAACUGGAAAAUAUGGUGGCCAGGAUGGACAAAAAAGGGGCACAGAUCAUUAAGCUGAAGAAACACCAGCAGACAUUGACCCAGCAGUCACGGGCCACCAACAAGGUAACCAAGAAGCCGUCCACCUCUCCUGCAAGAAGCAAACAUCACCAAGAUAGGCCAAGCAGCGUAGGUCAGCAGAGUCUCCACAUUCUCAGGGAGACACAGAAGCUUCGGAACUGCCUCAAACAAGACGAUAUCUGCUGGGAAGUGUAG